CUAAAUAUCACUUCAAUCCAUGAAGGAAGAAGCAAAUCUUGGACUGAGAGAUCCAGGUCCACGUACACAGUUUCACUAUCUUCUGUCACCCUCGUUGCUAGCGGCAGAAUCCUGCAAUUAAAUACUCGAUUGAAACGUGUUUAAGCACUAUACACACACACGCUUCAGGAAAUCAGAAUCAGAAUCAGAAUCUAGAGAGGAGAAUGUUGUGUAGGUUCAGAUCAUUGUCGAGAGCAGUGCACGAAGAACGAGUUCGAGAGCGUCAACAUGAGAGGAAGAAGACGUAUCCCAGAACCGAAGCAACAAUGGGCACAUCACUUACAGUUUGGAGAAAAUCGCUUCUGAUUAGCUGUAAAGGAUUCACGGUGAUCGAUUCUGAAGGCAAUCUAGUUUAUCGGGUCGACAAUUAUAUGGGCCGACCCGACGAAAUCACUCUCAUGGACGCUUCCGGAAAAUCUGUCCUCACCGUGCGCCGCCGUAGCAAGAAGCUAGUAGUAGUAGAGAGCUGGAACGUAUAUGCAGGGGAAGUUGGGAACCACCAGCGAAAGUCAUCAGAGGAGAGACCGAUAUGUUGUGUGAGGAAGCGUGUAAAUAUAUUUCAGGGAAAACCUAAAGUUCAGGCUUACGUAUACAGAGAAGCGUCCGAUAAGAAGAGAUAUGAUUUUGCGGUGGAGGGUUCUUACGCUUAUCGGACAUGUAAGGUGGUCGAUGCGUCCGACAAGGUCGUUGCUGAGAUUAGGAGGAAAGAAGCCAUUGCCAAAGACGUUUCGUUUGGGAUCGAGAUUUUUCAGUUGAUUGUUCAUCCUGGCUUCGAUCCUGGCUUUGCCAUGGCUUUAGUUUUACUCCUCGAUCAGAUGUUUUCCUGACCACCUUUUUUUUUUCCCUUUGAUAUCAGUAUUGUAGAGUAUUUUAAUCUUAGACGUCUAGGGGAAGAACUUCGUUGAAAUAAAUAUUUUUAAUUAGCUUUUAAAUUUAUAUCAAGUCGUGUUUGUAAUGGGAAAGCCGAAAGGAAACGUUGUCUAUCCCCUUCUACGUACAUGCAUUGGAGAAGCUCGGUGUACGCAAGGUCCUCAUUUAAUGUAAUUCUUAUUUAUUAUAUUUUUAAUAA